CUGCAGGCAGCGCGCUUCCAACAAGGAUGAUUAAAUCCGCUUCAAUCCCCUUAAAAAGCAAAAAAAGAAAAAAAGGAACCAAUGCGGGACGUGUGUCCUAGUAGCUUAGAGGCGGUUUCUGUCGGCGCUCCCUGAGCUGGGAUUGGUGGUAUGUAAUGUGGCAUGCAGGUUCAGCCAGUGUCAGGGGUUAACUUCACGUGUCUUGUUUGACGAUGGAUUGUCUGGAUUUCACUGUCUCUCUGAACUUGCCUCCAGCUCUGCAGAUGUGCGAGCAUGUACAGAGUACAGCUGCAAGAUGACUAGGGAUAAUCAAUAUGGAAUUACCAUUCUCCGUGACCCUGCAACCCAUGUUGCUGCCGGAGGGAGAGCUGUUGGUUCCGAUGGGAUUGUUUUUGAUUUGGUUGCCAUCCAUGGUCUCAAUGGUGAUCCCAUCAAAACGUGGACUCACGGAGAAACUGGGGUCAUGUGGUUGAAGGAUCUGCUGCCAGAAGCAAUACCUAACAUUCGCAUUAUGACCUUUGGAUUUAAUGCGUGUCUCAAUAGCUUUACUGCCCGGCUAGAUUUACAUGCUAUAUCAACUAAAUUACUCACUGAGUUGGUUGAUGUUAGGACAACAGAAGAUGAGAAAUCCAGGUCUCUUGUCUUUGUUUGCCACAGUCUAGGAGGAAUUGUAGCAAAGAAGGCGUUAUUAAUUGGCUGCUCUGAGGAGCAAGAGCGAGUACAGCAAUCAGUACAUACCAUCUUAUUUCAUGGCACGCCUCAAUAUGGAAACGGUGCAGUCAUGGGGAAGCUUUUGGCGAACAUAGCCUUCACCUGCUCACCAAUGAAAGCACCUCGCGCUCUUAUAGGGAUGUUGCGGAAGGAGCCUGAGGCCAUACUAGAAAUCACUGGUGAUUUCAUUAAAAGGAGGAAGAAAGUUCAUCUCAUGUCUUUCUAUGAGUUGGAAUUGACCUCUAUUGGUCCGUUUUUUCGAAAAAUGGUACCCGACGCUUUUCCGAUUGUCCGGCAACAGUUUGCAAUCUCCAGGGUCCCUCAUGAAAUUACUAUUCCCCAAUUUUCUGACCAUCGCAACCUUGUUAGAUUCCGGUCGCCCCAAGACCGUUGUUUCCUCACCGUAGCUUCGAGGCUGAAAAAUAUUGCCGAGGAGUUACGCCCCAGGUGUACAAAGCAGACGCCAUCAGGUCCUGAGUCAGGUGAUUUCGCCAUUCUAUUCGACAUUAAUGCUCAACCAUGUCCAUCCUUCCGUGGCAGAGAUGACGUAUUUAGAUUGCUGAGGGCUUACUUCCAUGGCGAUCACGACCAUGCUCAAAGGAGACGAACGUUUGCAUUAUGCGGCCUCGGAGGUUCAGGUAUUGCAUUUAUAAAUGCGUCAUCGUCUGCCUCACUUGAAGCCGAUUUUGGCCGCUUACAUGAUCUUCUCGAGCUUGGGGAACCUGACGACAAGAUUGGGUCUGUCAGAAGGUGGCUGGCGAGACCCAGAAACUCUCAUUGGCUUUUGAUUUUCGAUAACGCCGACAAUCUAGAGUCGGUACGGAUCCAGAGGUGCUUCCCAGCUGUGAACUGGGGUCAUAUCAUUAUUACUACUCGCGACCAGGGGGCAAUCGGUAGCAUAACUGAAGAAGGACAUGUUUUGCGUCCGCUGAUGACCGAGGAUGCGAUACAGUUGUUACUCGACAAGUCGGGCAUUCGUCACCCUACUCAGGGUGACACUGAAGAUGCCAGGGUGAUUGCAGAGUUCCUUGGAUCACUUCCCCUUGCUUUGGUACAAGCUGGCACAUUUAUACGUUCAAGGCAUCGCAGUCUUAGAGAGUAUUGUACACUUUAUAUGACGCACCGGAAUGAACUGCUACGUUUUACAUCGCAUCCUGGCGAUGCCGAGAUGCCAGUCUUGACGGCGUGGGAAAUUAACUUCAAGCAAGUAGAACGAGAAUCACCUGAAGCUUUCCAUCUCCUUCUUCUCUUCUCAUUUUUGGAGCCGUGGUCUAUUCCCGAGAUGCUCCUACAACGAGGGUCGUCUCCCCAGAAGCGGUGGGGUACGAAUGGCGAGGUGGAAGAGAUUCGAGCAGAGGAAGAAGGCGUGGACGUAAACCUGACGAGGUUCAUACAGGACGAUUUCGAAUUUGACACGGCUAUGGAAAAGCUGCUUUCUUUCUCGCUGAUAUCUUGCGGUAGGGGGUCAGACGGACUGAGAACCUUUUCUAUACAUCCUUUGGUUCAGUACUGUGCCGUACAACGCUUAUCGCCAUCAGAGACGAGAAGGUGGCGAUGGCAAGCACUUUUGCUGGUUUGUCACGCAUUUCCACGGAGUCGAUACAUUGAACCUCUAAACGGACCAAUUGGCAGGACUAUAUUCCCCCAUUUAAGCCGGGUUCUUUCUGAAUAUGACAGCAUGGCUCUCGAGGACGGAGAGCCGACUUCCUUUCGGCACGAACUUGCAGCAUGUCUCCUUGCCGCGUCACGAUUCUCAAACGCGAAAUGGAAGGUUGAAGCAAUUAGUCGCGCGAAGAAGCUUCUAGAAGGCGACGAUGAUCCCUUCCUCAAUGCCUGGCUUGCGUAUAGAGAAAGUUCGGUAAUGAGAAUGUCAGGAAUGACAGAAGAGUCCGAGAGAGUCUUGCACACAUUCCUGCGGGUUAAGGCCACGCCUCUCGCAGAAAAGUCGGAACUGACUCAAAGAUUUAAUGCCAAACGAGGGGACCUUAUAAUUUCACUUUCUGAGAAUCUUGUCCGCCAGGGCAAGCUUGCCGAAGCGAAAGCAGAAUUGAUUGAGUGGGAACAGCUAAGCACGGAAAUCUCUACUCUUGAAAAGUUAACAUCGAGAGCGCGCAACAUGACCCUAGGCAAGAUCCUUCGUCUACAGGGGAAGUUUAAGGAGGCACUUGAACAGCUCGACAGCGUUCUUCAAAGCGGUUCGCUCGAUGAUUACUUUAAGGGCACAGGCUGGUAUCGAGUUCUCCUUUCCGAAGUUGCAGGUCUACAUUGCGAAUUGGGCCAGCCUGUCGAGGCUGAAAAACUUCUGCUACAGGAAUUGGCCUCAAUGAGGGAAAAGGGAACUCAAAACAUUGCCACGGGACGACGGUUACAGAUGUCACUUGCAGAGACUUUCCUGCAGCGGAAUAUGUAUGCUGAAGCAGAGACACUCUUGUACGACCUCAGACGUGCAUUCUUGUCCCCUGACAAUCUGGAUUAUAAUGCUAAAUUCAAUGGUUUCCGUGUCUGGGUCUCACUCGCGAGGGUUUCCCAUAAACAAUCUCACUGGGAGGACGCCCUGACACGUUGGAAGCAUGCCUUGUCAGCUUUGGAGGGCCUCAAGCUGGACGAAACUUUUAAUGCCGGCCUUGUACAAUCCUCACUCACUCACUUGAUGAUGGUGACUGGCCAUGAAACGGAGGCCACACACAUGCUGCAGAGGGCGAGGUCCAAUAUGAAGUCCGAGCCCCGUUUAUUUUGGGUUCCGUUGUUCAAUUCCCAAUGGCAUGACUUCAUAAUCGAAAGCCUACAAGGUUUAAAAGUCGAUUGCGGAGGUGCCAAUGUCAACCACCUGAGUAUAAUUCAUAUCACCGAAAUGAAAGGCAAAGGCAGUACAUGUGAUUUCAGCUCGGACGUCCCUUCGUGCGCAUAGCCUGAGAACAGGACUUCCAAGGCAGAUUGGGCUUUAAACCCCCACGGGGGACUUGCAAUGUAUUCGCAAGUGAAUAGAGAUUGAUGAUCAUCUGAUAACAGACGAUCCGUUUAUUAAAUAUUUCUUUUGGGUGUGGGAGUGUGGUGUGUUUGCUUUGUAUUUA